GAAUGCAUGAAUCGCUGCUGCAAUGCCACCACCUGCACCCUGAAGCCGGAUGCCGUGUGCGCUCACGGGCUGUGCUGUGAGGACUGUCGGCUGAAGCCUGCAGGAACUGCGUGCAGAGGCUCCAGCAACUCCUGCGACCUCCCAGAGUUCUGCACAGGGGCCAGUCCUCACUGCCCAGCCAAUGUGUACCUGCACGAUGGGCACCCGUGUCAGGGGGUGGAUGGCUACUGCUACAAUGGCAUCUGUCAGACCCACGAGCAACAGUGCAUCACGCUCUGGGGACCAGGUGCUAAACCUGCCCCUGGGAUCUGCUUUGAGAGAGUCAACUCCGCAGGUGAUCCUUACGGCAACUGUGGCAAAGACUCCAAGAGUUCCUUUGCCAAAUGCGAGAUGAGAGAUGCUAAAUGUGGAAAAAUCCAAUGUCAAGGAGGGGCCAGCCGGCCAGUCAUUGGUACCAAUGCUGUUUCCAUAGAAACAAAUAUCCCACUGCAGGAAGGAGGCCGGAUUCUGUGCCGGGGGACCCACGUGUACUUGGGCGAUGACAUGCCAGACCCAGGGCUUGUGCUUGCAGGCACCAAGUGUGCAGAUGGAAAAAUCUGCCUCAAUCGUCGAUGUCAAAAUAUCAGCGUCUUUGGUGUUCACGAGUGUGCAAAGCAGUGCCACGGCCGAGGAGUGUGCAACAGCAGGAAGAACUGCCACUGCGAGGCCCACUGGGCGCCCCCCUUCUGUGACAAGUUCGGCUUUGGAGGAAGCACAGACAGCGGCCCCAUCCGGCAAGCAGAUAACCAGGGCUUAACGCUGGGAAUUCUGAUGACCAUCCUGUGCCUUCUUGCUGCUGGUUUUGUGGUUUAUCUCAAAAAGAAGACCUGGAUACGACUGCUGUUUACAAAUAAAAAAACCACCAUUGAAAAGCUAAGGUGUGUCCGCCCUUCCCCGCCGUGCAGUGGCUCCCCCGCUGGCCAGGCUCAUCUCACCCACCUCAGCAACGGCCUGAUGAGGAAGCCGCCACAUUCCAACGCGCCUAAGGACAAUCCCAGGAGAGUGCCACAGUGUCUGAACGUUGACAUCAGCAGACCCCUCCAAGCCCUCGAUGUCUCCCAGCCCCCUCAGCGAGUGCUCCCGCCCCUCCACCAGCCUCCGCGUGCACCCAGUGUCCCCGCCAGGCCCCUGCCCGCCAACCCUGUGCUUAGGCAGGCCCAG